AUGGGUCGGAAGAAGCCGACUACUCGCGACGAAGAGAACCCGCAACCUGCAGGGUCGAAAUCGAAGAAGAAGGCGCUGGUAAUUGAAGAUGAUGAGUAUUCAAUCGGAACUGAGUUGUCCGAGGAGUCUCAAGUCCAAGAAGAGAAAGUUGCUGUUACUGGAAAGAAGGGUAAAAAGGGAAAUUCAAAAGCUUCACAGCGCAGGGAUGAGGACUUAGACGAUGUGGGAAAGGUGGACGAGGGUGAUGAUGAGGUUCCCCAAGUCGCUUUCACUGGAAAGAAGAAGGGAAAGUCCAAGAAGAGUGGUGGGAAUAGUGUGUUUAGCACUUCAAGUUUUGGGUUGCUUGGUGAUGAAGAUGAGGGUGUUGAGGAUGAUGAGAAAUCUGGGUUGACAGGGGACGAGGAGGAGGAUGCUCCGGUGGUGAGUUUUUCGGGCAAGAAGAAGGCUUCUAAAUCGUCAAAGAAAACUGCUGGUAGUUUGUUUACAGGGUCAGCUUUUGAUGUCAUUGGUGAUGAGGGCGAUAGUGAUGGUGAGGUUGUUGAUGAUUCUGAGGAUAAGAGUAAAGAAGAUGAUGAAAAUGAGCCUGUAAUUGCGUUUACGGGGAAGAAGAAGCCGUCCAAGGGUGGAAGGAAGGUGGGGAGUGUGUUUGCAGCAGCUAGCUUCGAUGCCCUCGAUGAUGCGGAUGAGGAUAAGGAUGAAGAGAAAGAUGCGGACGAUGAUGUUCCUCAGAUUACUUUCUCCGGCAAGAAAAAGAAGUCAUCAAAGGCUUCAAAGAAGAGUGGUGGUAAUGCUUUUAGCGCAGCAUUGCUUGACGAGGGAAAUGAUGAAAAUACUUCUGUAUCCGAAUCAACUAGAGUUGGUGAUGACGGAGUUGAGGACGAAGAUGCAUCUGUGAUUGCAUUCACAGGUAAGAAGAAGUCUUCCAAAAAGAAAGGUAAUAGUGUUAUUACUGCAUCGAGUGAAGAAACUAAGGUUGGGGCUGAAAAUACAGAUGUAGUUGAACCAGAACAACCAAGUAAGGAAACUAAUAAAAUUGAAGCUGACGAUGCUAAAGUUAACAAGAGUAAAGAGGUUCCAGAAACUUCAAAAAGUAAGAAAAAGAAGAAGAAAAGUGGAAGGACUGCUCAGGAAGAGGAUGAUUUGGAUAUGAUUCUUGCUGAGCUAGGUGAGGGGUCUUUUGCAUCGAAACCUGCUGCUGCUCCUAUGCAAGAGGAGAAAGUUGAGGUUCAACCUGAUAUAGUCACCCCGGUUGAUGGUUCAGGUGAAAAGGAAGGUGAAGAAGAGACUGUGGAGUCCGCUGCGGCGAAGAAGAAGAAAAAGAAGAAGGACAAGGAAAAGGAGAAAAAGGCAGCAGCUGCAGCAGCGGCUGCAGGGACUGCUACUGCUUCUGUGGCCAUUGAGGAUGAAAAACAAGAAGAAAAAAAAAUUGAACCUAAAGAAUCCAAGAAGAAUGAAGUGAAAGGUAAAGCAGCAGACAGAAAGUUCCAAAGCAUGUUAGGGAGAUGCAAGAGGCCCUUGCUAGGAGGAAGGAGCAGGAAGAGAGGAAGCAAAGGGAAGAAGAGGAGAAACGGAGGAAAGAAGAAGAGGAGAGGCUUAGGCUGGAAGAACUUGAAAGGCAAAAGGAAGAGGCCAGGCGUAAGAAAAAAGAAAGAGAAAAGGAGAAGCUACAAAAGAAGAGACAGGAAGGCAAGCUUUUAA